AUGGUUGCAAGGUAAUUUUUUUUUGAAAGUAUACCUUCAAGUUUUGAACAUUGUUCAAAUUUGCAAAAUUAAAAAAGUAAGAAACUGUGAUUUUAGGAUUCGUAAAAGUGAUUCGAAAAACUUUAUAUUGUUAUUGCUGGUUUCCUUGUUAUUCCUUCUCAAUUUUAUGUUCCAAUCAAAGUCUGAUGAUUUUCGAAACACUUUAAAAUCGAAAAAUCUAACAUCUGCAAAAGGUUGGAUAAGUUAUGAAGAGGCAAAUGAGAAUGUUUUCAAACCAUUUGGGUAUGAAAUAACUGAAGAGUCUUAUCCCAUUCCAAAACUUCGGAAAAUUGAGAAUCAAAGUUGUGCAACUGUGAAUGAGGAAUGGUUGACAAUUGCAAUGCGAGAUCAAAAUAUGACUGAGCCACCGAAAAACAUCCCAAAUUCGCAAGAAGAUUUGUAUUCUCUGAAUGGUUACAUGCAUAUGCAAUUUGUAAGUUGGCCUUUUUCCGAAUAUUUAAAAAAAUGUUUAUUUUCAGCGCUAUAUGAAUGAUCGAAAAGUUGGUACGAAUCAUCCAGUUCAUUGGAAUGAUAUCAGUUAUCGUAUGAAAUCACCGCCCAUGGAUAAUUAUGCAGAAGAUGCAAAAUCUAUAAAUAACGCUAUGAAAGCUAUUGAUGUUAAAAACCAAAGUGGAUUGGUGGUUGGAAGUUUGUCACCAUGGGUUGAAGUUUAUGCUUUGAAAAAUGGUGCUUCUCAUUUGCUAACCGUUGAAUACACCACAAUCAUCGUUGAAGAAAAAUGGAAACAUCAAGUUGAAACAAUUCUUCCAAUUGAUUUCGUCAAGCAAUUCGAGAAAUUUGCCAAUUCUUUCGAUUUUGUUGCCACAUUUUCAUCAAUCGAACAUUCUGGCUUGGGAAGAUUUGGCGAUCCAAUGGAUCCAAUCGGCGAUUUUAGAGAGAUGCAAAAAAUCAGAUGUGCUCUCAAAAAAGGCGGAAUUCUUUUCUUGGGUAUCCCUAUUGGUGUUGAUGGCAUUAUGUUCAAUUUACAUCGAAUUUAUGGACAAUUGAGAUUGGCUAUGAUGUUUAGUGGUUUUGAUUGGAUUGCAACAUAUUCCGGAACAUCUGAAAAUCCUAUUGAUUUGACUGAAACUGUUACGAAACUCAAACCAAUGGAAUAUGUUCAAUACACUUUAGUUCUCAAAAAGUUGUGA